UAUAUAUAUAUAUAUAUAUAUAUCAUCCAAGAGACACUAGAAUUAUGUAGAUAACCAGACAGUUAUACAUACACUAAUGCUAUGAAUUAUUCUACUAUCGUAAUGUGAUGGUGUCAUUCACACAAACCUUCGAUUCAGCGUUGAUAUAAAGUAACCUGAAACAACAAAACGCACAUUAUGUAAAGCUUCCGUGCUAUGUGGCCAUCAUACUUUUCAUGUCAUACAGUGUUGGUUUCAUAGUUUAGUCGUUAACUUGAUAAUUCUUCCUAGUUAGUUCUUGUUCCGCGCUUAUCUACUACUACUUUUUAAUUUGUCGGUACAUUUCGACUGUAGGUACGUUUGCUCGAGCAAUUUCAGUAAUUAAUGAUGUAUAAAAGUUGUGUCAACGAGCCUAUUAUCUGUCAAGCUGCUGUUGCUUGGGAACCAAGUAAACCGCUAGUGAUUGAAGAGGUUGAAGUUGCUCCUCCAUCAAGUGGGGAAGUGAGGAUCAAGAUUCAUUCUUCUGGAGUUUGUCAUACAGAUGCAUAUACUUUGAGUGGUCAUGAUCCGGAGGGAGUGUUUCCUGUCAUUCUUGGACAUGAAGGUGCAGGUGUUGUGGAAAGCGUUGGGGAAGGUGUAUCGUCUGUUGUUCCAGGAGACCACGUCAUUCCACUAUACAUUCCACAAUGUAAUCAAUGCAAAUUUUGUCUAUCUAAGAAAACGAAUUUAUGCUCAAAGAUAAGGGAAACGCAAGGAAAAGGCCUCAUGCCUGAUGGAUCUGUUCGUUUCAAAUGUCGUGGUAGACAAGUGCAUCACUUCAUGGGCUGUAGCACUUUCAGUGAAUACACAGUGCUACCUGAAAUUAGCUUAGCAAAAAUUGAUAAAAAUGCCCCAUUGAAUAAAGUUGGCCUUUUGGGUUGUGGCAUAAGCACGGGUUAUGGAGCUGUCUUUAAUACUGCUAAAGUUGAGAAAGACAGUAUAUGUGCUGUUUGGGGUCUUGGAGCAGUUGGAUUAGCAGCCAUAAUGGGAUGCAGAAUAGCUGGUGCUAGAAGAAUUAUUGGAAUAGAUAUUAAUGAAAACAAGUUUGGUUUAGCUCUGUCUUUUGGAGCUACAGAAUGCAUAAAUCCUGCGAAGCAUUCUAAGCCGAUACAACAGGUUAUUGUUGAAAUAACUGAUGGAGGCUGUGAUUAUUCUUUUGAAUGUGUCGGGAAUGUAGCUACCAUGCGUCAAGCUUUAGAAUCGUGUCACAAGGGCUGGGGUGUUUCAGUUAUAAUUGGUGUAGCGGAGGCUGGGGCAGAAAUCUCAACUCGACCAUUCCAACUUGUAACUGGCCGUACAUGGAAGGGUUGUGCUUUUGGAGGUUGGAAGUCUCGUGAUUCAGUGCCCAAACUAGUUGAAGACUAUUUAUCAGGGACGAUCAAGGUUGAUCAAUUUAUCACUCAUCAUUUUCAAUUAAAAGAUAUCAAUAAAGCUUUUGAUUUGAUGCAUGAUGGUAUUUGCAUCAGACCAAUGAUUCACCUCUUCGCUCCGUAAAACUCUGGCGUCGUCUGUGAUAUCUAUAGUUACCAUUGUUUUCCUAAGCGUUAUAGCGUUUUCUGUGCAUUAAACUCGUACAUUAAUCGGUAAAUCUUUUAUUGGAUUUCCAAUAUUUGGCGUAUCCAUGAACAGAUUUUAUUUAUAGAGCACAUCGGGGUGAUAUUGUGAAAAGCAUGAUAGUGAACUAAUUAACGGAAGUGGUAGUUAAUUAGUAGUGUAGUGAAGGAGAACACAGAUGAGGACAACCAAAUUGUACUUAGCACAAAUUACAGAGUUACUUGGUAAAAUAGAAAAACCCUAUAGUAAAUCGUUAAUUUGCAAAAUAUCAUUCCAUCAUAUAAAACCGGACUGUUGCUGUUGCAAACAUCACAUUUCAUUGUUCAUGCGAUUUCUUACAAAUCCCAUUGUGUUCUUGAUCUUCCCCAUCUUCUGCUGCCAGAUAUUACGUUCUUUUAACUCACGUUAUAUAUUACUUAUAUCAAUAUAAGUAGCACGCACCAGAGUAGUAAUUUAAUAAAAAAUAUAGCCACAGAAGAUUUCUCUCACUUUGCAAGCCAUAUCUUAUGGAGAACGUAAUAAACAACUGCUGCAAGAUCGCGAUAAGUUUCUGUUUUGAGCUAUACCUAAUAAUGUCCUGAGGCAUUGAUUUGUAUAAUCUCUAGUAUUGCGUGUGGAGGUUGGCAAUGAGCAAACAUACUCUGUCAAGCAUUCUAGGCCAUUUUGGAUUGCCGGUUAAAGCACCACCAAAUGACCUCAUAUUGUUUUCCUAACACCAGGCUUCUUCCUGCCAGUGGUUCGGAUAUGUUGAAACGGCUUGCGGCAACGAUGUGCUAACUUGCUCUGAUAACUAGCUUACAUAGGAUUGGAUCUUCACACACUAGUUUGCUGAUCAGUUUGAGGUUAGAUGUUCGGGAGGUAGUCUUGAUUUCAAGUCCCGAAUAGCAUAAAAAUCCUGACACUGAAACAAUGAUGUCUUUGAUUAC